CCGAUUAGAAAAUAAAAAAAGUUUGCCUAAAACGCAAUUGCUCUUUUCGUGCUUUCUCUUAUUUAGGUUGUUUCAGUUCAAAGUAAAUCACUGUUACUUUUGCAUAGUGACAAGGCACUAAGUUUGUGCGAUGAAUCGCAAGUUCAAAAAUAAAAAACGUGAAGUCGCCGAGCACAAAUCGGGAUUCAAUGAAUUCCCGAGGCUCGAAGGCAGAAGUCAAAACAGAAACCGGCAUAACUAUGAAAAUGGGGACAAUUUCGAGAUCCGCCGAGUCAAGUUCAAGAACACAAAUCCAAAUGCAGGAAGACGAGGGAAUAUUCGGAAAGAGUGGCUGAUCGACAGACUUUCAGAUGAUGUUGACAUGAUGAUCUCUGUUGGUCAGGGUGAAUCCAGCAAGUCUUCCGACCGAGGUCGAAGAUAUAAAGGAGGAGGAGGCGGAGGACGAGGGCCUGGCAGCGAGCUCGCCAUAAGAAGAGGACCUGGACUAAUGCCGAAAAACACCUGGUUCAAAGUCACGGUUGUACGUGGUGGCAAAUUUGAGAGAAAUCAGCUUCUCAAGAUGUUGUUAUCGUACAUUCAGCCUCUGCCAUUGAUACCUUAUUACUUCAGAAACAAUAAUAACAACAAUAACAUUUCUUUCUUUGUGGGAGAUUUCUCUACAGCCAACAGUUUACAGAAGGCAUCUGGAAAAAUUACUUCUACUGAUGGGCAGAGGAUUAUAAUUCAUGUCUUCGAAUGCAAGCCAGAUAUAGUUUUGAAACAGCAAGACCAGGACAAAAUAAAGAACGUUUUAGCGAAACGUUACAAUCCCACAAUGAAAGCUUUAGAUCUAUCAAGACUGUAUGACGAUAUGAGUCUGAAAGCUGAAGAAAUUUUUGUGCCUCUCAGUGUUCCUGCCGUCCUGAUGUGUGUGGUAAAAAUCAUUGACGAAACAAUUCCAGAUCUGUUUGCCUUAGACAUGUCAGACAACAAAAUGUUCCAGUUUUUAAUCUCGACUCCGGGAGAUGUUCUACAAAAUUUGAAGAUCCUCCAUCUUAGCAACAAUAAGUUUGCUCAUUUUAACAGUCUUCAUCACCUGAAGAACAUGAACGUUGAGGAACUAGUAAUGAAAGGAAAUCCAUUGUGCAGCAGGAUGCGAGACCAAACUAUUUACGCAAAGGAAGCAAGGAAAAUAUUUCCAAAACUGGUUCGAUUAGAUGGCAUCGAACUUCCUCCAGUCAUAACCUUUGAUGCCGGAACUCCGGCAAAACUAAUGCCAGCACAAGCUAGUUUUCUCUGCUCAGCAGAAGGACAAGCAGUAAUCAAACCCUUCAUUCAACAGUACUUCGAAAUCUAUGAUAGCGACAACCGAGCUCCACUGAUAGAAGCGUACUCUGAAAACGCACAAUUUAGUUUAUCAUGCUCUCUUCCAUACCCUAGCAAAAGUGAAAAAAAUCUUCUGUUUAGUCAUGGCAAUCCUGAAGAUUAUACGCAAAUGAAUAGAAAUUUAUGUAAAAUCAAACCUCCUCAUGUGCGAAAACAGAAGCUGCAUAUAGGGAGAGAAAAUGUCAUGAAAUGUUUGAGCUGUCUGCCCAAAACCAACCACGAUCCAUCUUCAUUCACUGUUGAUCUCACAAUUUUCACGUCGCAGCUUUUGAUGGUGUCUUUAAGUGGAGUGUUCAGAGAACGACCUGUUCAAACUAUUCCUGUGAUUCGGUCAUUUUCACGAACAUUUGUCAUCGUACCUGUAAAUAAUGGGUUCUGCAUCAUAAAUGAACUCCUUUUUGUUGGAAUCCCAACUCUUGAACAAGCCAAAGUAGCAUUUAAGUCAGCGCCAGUAUCUGGUCCCUCAACUCCUAUUGCAUCUCCAAGUGCUGUUGGUCCCGUGCCCAUAGUCUCUCCUGUCGGACUGUCUCCUGUUGUGUCUCCUGUUGGAUCUCCGCAAGAGUUGGAUAUCGCCACGAAGCAAGCAAUGUGCACAGCUCUGGCCGGAGUCACUGGAAUGAACCUGUUGUGGUCAGAGAAGUGCUUAGUAGAAACUAAUUGGAACUAUGACCUAGGACUUCAAGCAUAUGGCGAAUUGAAAUCGCGUGGCGUGAUACCUCCAGAAGCCUUCAUCAAAUAAUACUGCCGCGCCCAGGAAUGUUUGUGUGUAUAGCAUAAAAAAAACUUAGACGAUUAUUCGAUCUUCAUUUUGACUUGGAAUACAAGACUAUUGUUUUUAUAUGUGAACAUCAGAUUUGUCAGUGCUUGCGACAUAGUCAAAGUUUAAAAUAUGUGUUUCAUAUGAUAAAACUCAAAACUUUAAAAAAAUGUGUAGAAUUUUACCGCAUUCUUUGACUAUAAAAAAUGAAAGAUGAGAGUCAAGCUGAGUAAUAUGUUUUACUAUCAAGACGUAAUUUAACAAACUUUCAUUGCAAGCUACCCAGCAAGGUUUUCAUCUUUCAUCAUUUGGGCAAACUUGGGUGAAAAAAAAUAAAAGGGGAUAAGAAAAUUAUUGAUUCAAAGUUGCUUUAGUGAGUUCAAGUGGGACUCUGUACAUGUUAGGUCUUUAAAUUAAAAUGUAUAGAUCCAUGGAAGUGGAGAACACAUUAUCAGAGAAUAAGAAUCUAGGAGCCUAUUUCUGACAAGCUCAGCCAUCUGAGGUUUUCAUUAGACUUCCAGGAGCCCAAAACUGGCAGACAAUGCCAACGGGUGUAAAUUAGCAUGACUUAAAAGUGGUUUUAUUCGUUUGCAAUUUUUAAACAAAUUUAAAGAUUAGUUCAUUCAAUUAAGUAAUCAAUUUUGAUCGUCAUAUUGGCAGAAACUACUUUUAACUUGGCUCUAAUUUACAGAAAGUUUGGCUAGUAGCGUAGUGGAUAGUAAUGUCAAAAUUUGCAGCAAAGCCUGUUUCAUCUGAAGUCACGGCCAUUUUUGGGCUCUUAAGUUUCUUCAAGGGAAGCUGAAGGGUGAGGUGUCCCUUUUCUCUUUUUCUAGUGUCCCACAUAAUAGGAGUUAGCUGGUGUGUAGACUGGAGAUUACUUUUAAUAUAGAGAUUUGUUCAUUAUGAAAGAUGGACCACUCAAACAUAGUCUGUAUGAAAUUCAAUUUAUUGAAUAUAGAAAGCAACUCUUUCUUGUUAAUCCUCUCAAUAUAUGACGGACUCAUCCUUCGCCCCAUAUUUUUUGAUAGGGCAAAAAUGGUAACCUCCAGACCAUGCAAGCUUCCUCUUAUUUCCAUGGAUUUGUCGACAAAAUCCGAAAGUCUGUGCUGCAAUCAACUAUUGAAUUACCAGAAAAAAGAAGCAGGGUUAACUAAAUUAAUCUGGUACUUAAAAUUAGCUCUAUUGAAAAAAAAUUUCUGGCCGCAGUUAAUUUUUAUUUAGUAAUUGUAAAGUAUUUGAUUUAUUUAAGUCGAACUGUAAACAGUUUUUGUUUCUCUUGUCGGUAUCAAUGGAUCGUAUGAAAUUGCUAAUAUUGUAAUUCAGUUCUUCUUCUUGAUUAAUCAUUAUCUUGUUGUAUAAAAUUUACCAAAAUGAAAUAGGGAAAUUAAAUCUAUUCAUUCACGAAUUAUUUUCGACCAGCUGCAUUUUAGAGUGACGAUUAGAAGGUUAUCAAAACUGCAAUCUUUUGAUGGGCUUAUAGCGCGUUUCACUGUAAUUAGUUUCAUUCAAGUCUUAAAUUAGUUUAUUUAAUUAAAUCAAGCAGAAUUAAUGUGAAAAAAUUGCCUUCAUUAAGAAAAUUAGCCAGUAGCAAAUAGUCCUUUCAGAUCUAUACUUUUUCUUGACAAGUUGUGAUUUUCGUUUCAUACAUACAUGAUUAUAUUUUCACCGGACAAUUUCAUUCAUGAACGUGCAAAGUGCCUGUAGCAAUAUAAUUGAUAAAAAUUCUUGUGGGUAUUACAUCCCAUCCAUUUAACAUUCGCAAUAUUUAUAUUUCACUCUUAAAAUGAAUUUUCUCCUCAAUUUUCAAUAAGGAUAGAAACUCCGAACUUCUCGAAUCAUCAGGGAGAAAAACAAUUUCUAGCUGUCAGAGUAUUAAAUCAAAGAUUGGUUCACAUAUCAGGUCCAGAAAUGGAGUCUACCCAAAGUUAAUUUAUUUCUAGCUUUCAAUUUGAAAGAUUCUGCUCAGCUUAAAAAUCAUAAGAUUUUAGAGACCCAGUGUUGACAAAGGCAUUAAAUUUUUAAAGUCUUUAUUUUGACAGAGAAAAUCUGUUUCUUUUUUUUUUUUACAAUUCAACAGCUUUCCUUAUCUACGCUGUUUACGCUGUCUACCUGUUUUAAACUUGUUGGUUUCAUCCUUUAUCAAAGUCUAGACAGUCAAAUAACAUACACCAAUAAAGCUUUGAAAAGUAAGGGUCCAAUUGUGUAUCGAAGCAAUCGUAAAAUAUUUAAAAAAAAUUGAGACUUCUCUUUGUUAGAUUGAAUAGAAGAAUCAAACUUUAGAUCAGACAUUGCAAUUACUGAGAGGAAUCAUGGAUAUUAGAAAGUAGCCCCUAAGCUACUUCUGGUUGUUGAUAGGUAAGUUCAUUUUGCUAAAUCCUACAAAAUAGUAAUCACUUUAAUGGAAAUAUCUGAAGGAUCCCUGCUGUACAGGGCCCUAUCUAAGUUGAACAAUUCUUAACACUUUAGUUACUUUUUUGGUUAGAAAGUCUUUAAGCUUUCAAAAAAUAUUCUGGAAUUUUGAAAUUCCUACAAGAAGCAGGAUUUUUAAAAUUCCAGUUUGACCCUUUGCAGUCAAAGCAAAAUGGUUCGCUUACCUAACAACAACCAAAAUUGCCUUCAAUCUUGUGAUGUCUUUACUGAACUGAAUUAUAUUUGUUUUCCAUUUUCAAAGUAAUUAAACUUUCAAGAUGAUUCUCUCAAAUUAAGACAAGUGGGUUAUAUUCAACUUUGUCACAUAUCCUCGUAUAUUUCAGAAAUACUACCAAUGUAUCAGUCAUAUUAUAUUUAUAUUUUUUUGCCCUUUUGUUGAAUAUAUCCUAAGUCCAUCUUAAUCAUAUACUCAAUUCAAGGCUUCAAGAUUAACUGAAAAAUAAUAAUUAAAUCUAUGUGUGCAAUUUUGCAAUCUUAAAAUUUAAUUUCGUUAAUUCAAGUUUAAUGCAACAGAAGUCUAUCCAGGGAAGCAGUUCAUAAGCUUCUCCUAGUUCUGCCAAUUCUAGCAUCACCUUGUUUUUGUGUUGUGAAGUUUUUGAAUUCCAUGCACUUUUAUAAACACUUACUUAAAAAUUGUUACCGUAUGAACUGAAUUUCCUGUGUAAUUAUGCCGUUGGUUCGAUUUUUCGCAUUUUUAAGAUAAGAAGAAAGAUUUUGUUAGGAUAUAAUGUUAAUUAUUCUAUCAAGACACUAAAAGAAAAAUGUUUAAAAUUGUAAUUUUCUAGCAAUUUAAGUAUUUAGCAGAAAAAAAAGAAGAAGAAAAAAAAAAUCACUUCAUCUGUUCUCAUAACAUGAGUUUCCAAAAUGUUUCAAACCCUCCCUCUAAGUUAUCACUUCAUAUUUAUGUCAAGACUCUGUUUCGCUGAUAUUAAAGGCAUUAAAGAUAUUUAAAAAAAAAAAAAAAAAAAAAAAAAACUUCUCUCACGUUCAUAAAUUUAACAAGGAACAUUUUUCUCAUCGUCUCUUAGGAAGUUUAACUUUUACUGCAUGUACUGUCGGUUGAUGUGACCGUUAAAAUAUGUAGUGUCCUCCACUCCAAAGAAAAUUAUGACUUUCAGGAACUUCAUCAGGCGUCUUAUAAUUGACAACGUUUUUCAUGCAUUUGAAAGCUAAAUACAAAGUAAGCGAGUAAAGGAACUUGAUACAGUUCAAACUAGCAAAGCAAGGCACCUCUGUCAAAAGUCAUCUUUACAUCUGUGUUUUUCACCAAUAAGUUCCAUCGUUAAUAUGCUAUUGUCUCCAUCAAACAAAGCUGUUCUAUUUCUGUUUUCUCCGCAUUUACCUCUACUCAAUUUCCUAAAUCCUUGUGAAACUUUCUCCUUCCGACUUCUCUCCUAUUCCCGAAAAGAAAUGAUGUUCUGCCAGUUGCAGCAUCUUUGAGUCGAAUUCCCAUUCAGUCUAUCGAAGUUUAUGUUCAGAUGCUCAUGCCUCUAGCUUAAUGGCUCGGUAGGCGGGCGAAGAGCUCAAACUCGAUUCUCUUUACAUCCUCCUUGUUGACGUGAAGAAAAGAGCUUUACUACCAGAAUAACCUCUACUCAACUAUACCCUGCAGGGUAAGUUGAAGAGGAUUCUGCAAAGCACUCUGCCAUGAUUGCAUCAACAUUGCUUCAUGCGCAGUUCUUAGCGCAGACGCUUGGAGUCUUUGAAUGAUGAGCAUCUGCUUUGUUUUGGAUGCAUAGCAUUUAACGACCCUUCCCAUAGUCAGGAAAAAAAAAUUGAGUAGAUGUCCAUUAUUGGGGUCCAGCUAAUAUAAUGAAUAUCUGAGAAAUUACCAUAUUAUUUUCUUAAGAAAAAAAUAUUCUAUUUUUUCUGAAAAGGGAUGUUCUUUUGAUAAGUUUUAUUUCUAAUUGUCUCAAAAAUUCUCAUGAAGAUUUUGAUGUGGCAGUCUUGCGGAAAUCCAAAAAGAGAAGUUCUAAUAAAGCAUGAAAAACUUUGUCAAUGAAAUUCUAAAUCUGUGUGGUACUUAUUAUGUGGAAGAAUUUGAGUAAGUUGAGGUUCAUCAUCUCCAUAACUUUCCCUGUAUGCCACUCUGAGAUACAUACACAGACUUUGCCAAGCCUCUAAUUUCUCUACAACUGCUGUGCAGUAAGUUGUGAUGUAAAAAUUACUUAUAUAUUUGAAAAAAUUUUGCUCAGUGAUUUUAGUAUCAUCAGUGGCACCAGGUAGGAUGAAUUUUAUAAUUUAUUGAAAAAUGGAUGAAACAUGACACAUUUGUGAAUUAAGUUUUUCAAUGCAGAUAGUUGUUUUUUAUAUAAGCUCUUCGAAUCUUAGGUGUGAAUAUGAACUUCAAUUUUGUCUAAGAAGUUGAGUGUAAAGUAUAAGGUUUCUAAUUCAAUUUUUUCCUCUUUGUAAAUCAUCAAUCGAUGAAUUGAAGGAACUACGAAAAUCACAAGUUUUUCCCCUUUUUUUUUAUUGAUAAAGUUGUUCAAAUAUCCAAGCAUUAUUUUGACAUAUGCCUCUCCCAUGAUACUGUAAGAUGAAAAGACAAGAAAUUGCUGUUUUUCCAUCAAUGAUUUUUAUCAGAAAGAUGGAUGCUCUUGCUGCUGUAAGAUUUCUUUUAUUCAGCUGUAGAGUUAAUCCAAUCGAAUGGAAAAUACAGUUGUAGGACUUACAUAUUUUCAGUUUCAUAAUACGUUUUGAUAAAUUUUCUGUUAUCCUUUUCUUGUUUCUGUCUAACCUUGCAUCAAUUUUCUUGUGUUUCUAUAUGGAAACAUACAAGCACUGAGGACACUUGAAUCCAAAAUUUGAUGUUUUGUCGAAAAUUUAUCCUUAUUAUGUCAACAUAUUUAUAACCAAGUCAAAUCCAUCAUGGCAGUCCUGAGUUGGACUAGUUUUCUUUUUAAACAUCCCGUCAAAGCGGCGAAGUUUUCUCAUUUCAAGGUUGCAUUCAGUUAAUUGUUAUUGUUUUUUUUGCUAUUUGUAAUUAAGUCGCCCUUGUUUUGCUGUGAAUAUUCUGAGUAAUUUAACAAUGAAUAUUUUUAAUACAUUUAGAACAGUCUUAAAGGUUUUUCAUUCAUUUUUUAAAAUUUUUUUCAGUCAUUACUUUUUCUUUUUUUUUUUUAUUUAAUUGAAUAAUUUCAAAUCAUGUUAAUCAAAUCAGUCUCUGAUGUUUCAUUUUGAGCUCAAUUUUGGUCAGCCCUCUGAACUGGAUUGUGAAUCUUUCAUUGCAGUAAUUCCAAAUCAGAUCAGAGGGGUUGAGGCAAAUUUCUGCGUAGAUCUUGCAUGAAAAGAAGCGAUUUUGAAAAAGUCCAGAAAUAAUUACUGACAAAAGUCAGCAGUACUAAACAUUGAAGAGACUAUUGGUCUAAAACUGUGCUGCUACUUUUGGCAAAUUAAUUUUUUUGUGCAUGAGAUCUACCCUGAUGGUAAUCUUCAGAAAAGCAAUAAAAUAUUAAAUUUGUCCAAGAGCAUUAUGAUGGCUUUACCCUCUCAUGGUAACUGAGAAAAUUGGCGAGAAAGCUCAAAUCAUGCGAACGUUCACCACUCAAUUUUGCUCGCUUUCCUCAAGAUUAUCAUCAGACUCCUUUUUUCUCUCUUACUGGGAGAAAAGAGGAUCUUUCAGCAAUCUGUGAUACCUCCAGUAAUUUUUUUUGGAUAGUUUAAAGUGGAUUUCCCUAAUAAAACAUAAUGAUAUCCUUAA